CGGCGAGGGGGCGGGGCGGCAUCAGUCCCCAACUCAGACGAGCCAAGGUGCGACAAACAGCGCGAGAACACUGCUGACUACUCGACACUCGCAGAGCUUACAGCUAGCUACAUUGUUCCGUGAACCAGUGCCACUACUGUGCACCGCACGUCUUUGAUUGAAGCUACAGAGGUUUUCUUGCACCAAACACAGACAGAAUGCCAGCGCCAGCAAUCGGCAUUGACCUGGGCACCACCUACUCGUGCGUGGGUGUGUUCCAGCACGGCAAGGUGGAGAUCAUCGCCAACGACCAGGGCAACAGGACCACGCCCUCCUACGUGGCCUUCACGGACACCGAACGACUCAUUGGCGACGCCGCCAAGAACCAGGUGGCGCUGAACCCCACCAACACAGUGUUCGAUGCCAAGCGGUUGAUCGGCCGCAAGUUCGAGGAGCCGUCGAUCCAGGCGGACAUGAAACACUGGCCCUUCGCGGUGGUGCCCGAGGGCGGCAAGCCCAAGGUGAAGGUGGAUUUCAAGGGCGAGACCAAGACCUUCAACCCCGAGGAGAUCUCGUCCAUGGUGCUGACCAAGAUGAAGGAAACGGCCGAGGCGUAUCUGGGCAGCGCCGUGAAGGAUGCCGUCAUUACGGUGCCCGCAUACUUCAACGACUCUCAGCGGCAAGCCACCAAGGACGCCGGCACCAUCGCCGGCAUCAACGUGCUGAGGAUCAUCAACGAGCCGACGGCCGCCGCCAUCGCCUACGGCCUCGACAAAAAGGCGGGCGGCAGUGUGGCGGAGCGCAAUGUUCUCAUCUUUGACCUGGGCGGCGGAACGUUCGACGUGUCCAUUCUGAGCAUCGACGACGGUGUGUUUGAGGUGAAGUCGACGGCCGGAGACACUCACCUCGGGGGCGAAGAUUUUGACAACCGGAUGGUGAACCACUUUGCCCAGGAGUUCCAGCGCAAGUACAAAAAAGACUUGAGGACGAACAAGAGGGCACUGCGUCGUUUGCGGACUGCCUGUGAGAGGGCGAAGCGCACGCUGUCGUCGUCCACUCAGGCGAGCUUGGAGAUCGACUCUCUGUUUGAGGGUAUUGACUUCUACACGUCGAUCACACGCGCCAGGUUCGAGGAGCUGUGCUCUGACCUGUUCCGUGGUACCCUAGAGCCCGUGGAGAAGGCCCUGCGUGACGCCAAGCUGGACAAGAGCAGCGUGCACGACCUGGUGCUGGUGGGCGGGUCAACCCGCAUCCCCAAGAUCCAGAAACUGCUGCAGGACUUCUUCAACGGCAAGGAGCUGAACAAGUCCAUCAACCCCGACGAGGCGGUGGCGUACGGCGCCGCCGUGCAGGCCGCCAUCCUGACGGGCGACCAGUCCGACGCCGUGAAGGACCUGCUACUGCUGGACGUGGCGCCACUGUCGCUGGGCAUCGAGACGGCCGGCGGCAUGAUGACAGCCCUCAUCAAGCGCAACACCACCAUUCCCACCAAGCAAUCGCAGAUCUUCACCACGUACUCCGACAACCAGCCGGGCGUGCUGAUCCAGGUGUACGAGGGUGAGAGGGCGAUGACCAAGGACAACAACCUGUUGGGCAAGUUUGACCUGACCGGCAUCCCUCCGGCGCCGCGGGGAGUGCCCCAGAUCGAGGUGACCUUUGACAUCGACGCCAACGGCAUCCUCAACGUGUCUGCGGUGGACAAGUCGAGUGGCAAGCAGAACAAGAUCACCAUCAACAACGACAAGGGACGGCUGAGCAAGGAAGACAUCGAAAGGAUGGUGAACGAGGCCGAGCAGUACAAGGAAGACGACGCCAGGCAGCGAGACCGAGUGGAUGCCAAGAACCGGCUGGAAGCGCUGUGCUUCAGCGUCAAGUCCUCCAUGUCGGAGGCUGCGGUGGCGGAGAAGUUGUCCGCUGACGAGAAGCGCUCCAUCGAGGAGAAGGCGCAAGAGACCCUGAACUGGCUGGACGCCAACCAGCUAGCCGAGAAGGAGGAGUACGAGCACAAGAUGCAGGAGCUGGAGCAGGCGUGGCGUCCCCUCGCCUCCAAGAUCCACGGGGCUGCUGCUGGCGGCGCUGGCGGGAUGCCCGGCUUUGGCGGCGCUGGCGGGAUGCCCGGCUUUGGCGCCGCCGGAGGAACCGCAGGGCGAGGACCCACUGUGGAGGAGGUGGACUAAGCCAGCAGGGUCGCCGUUUCUCCUCUGGUGGCAUUAGGAAUCAACACUGUCCUGUGUUCCCCAACGUUCCAUGAUAAUGUGCUUUAAGCAUAUAUUUUUUACUGUCUAUAGGUAGCUGUUAAUAUAUGUUGAAAUUUUCCAUCAUUUAUUAAUACUGUAUGUUAGUGUAAAUGUGUAUUUAUUGACAGUGUGAAAGGGUAUGGGUGUAGAAGACCAUUAAGAUUAUACGACCAGUAUUUUGUUCCCUAAAGUAAGGAAAUAAAUAUUUUUGUUUUGCAAAGCUGUUUUCAACUUCGUACCAUUAUUCCAAACCUGAGGUAAGACACACAGUCGCAUUUAGUAUUCUCGAGGAUAACAACGCUUGCAUGAAAAGUUAAAGUAUUUUUUUUUAUUAAAAAUCGAUAUUUU